ACAGGAAACUUCCGUGAACUCUGCUGUUCUCACCACCGACUGCAGGAGAAAGAUAACACGACCGCAUACUGCUGUGAUGAAAUGGACUGUACCAAAUCCAAACAAAGGGGAGGUUUCUGUUCAACACUGCGCCCUCUUCCAAACUAAGCGAUGUGCUUUUGGAUGUGUUUUAAAGGUCGCGUUUCACCAAUACAAAAUACGGUAUAAAUGUAUAAUGCGACCGGAAGAGUGAUGUUUUCCUAGCGCACUACCUUCCAGUCCCUCUUGAUCGUUCCCCCCUCCAUCUUUCCUACAGGAUCAAGGCCCGUGUGGCUGGAAGAAGUUCGGCUGCGAGCUUUGAAGGAUGCGACGAAGAUGGCGAUGAACGGUGGGGAAGAGGAUGCGUUAUAUGAGAGUGCGGACUACUGCGAUAUCUAUAACCUCCCGCAUGUACCUUAUGGGAACAGCAGCGGGUAUUUCUCUCGGAUACAAGGUCCAGAAUGUGUUCUGAAGCCUCCUCUAAACCUAAUGGAUCAGCAGCCGCCUCAUCCCUUUCAGCAUGUAUCUCCUGCCCAAACGCUUGGCCCAGCACCUGUUCUGAUGCCACCAGACCCUCUCGCAUUCUCCCUUUGCAGUCCCCUCUCAGCCAAACCUCCCCUUCACCUCCAGCUGUUCCCAAACCCUGCCGUCACAGCACCCCCUGGCUCUAGCCCCAUGCCGCCUGAGAGCGAGUUCCAGGCAACUGGCAGCGAUCAGGACAUUGCACUAGAGGAGCUGUGUAGACCUCUCUACUGCAAAUUGUGCAACGUCACACUCAACUCAUCCCAGCAGGCGCAGGCACAUUAUCAGGGAAAAAAUCACAGCAAGAAGCUGAGGAAUUUUUAUGCUGGCAGUCAACAACCACCUCCCAUACGAAUACCUGAGGAAGUAGAGCCAGUUUCACAGCAGUCCCUCUCCACGCCACCUACAGAGAUUGGCACUGCAGUAGGCAAACCGGCGUCCUUUAUCGGCCCCAGCAGGGUCAUCCUGGCCACAGAGAAUGACUACUGCAAGCUGUGUGAUGCCUCCUUCAGCUCCCCCGCUGUAGCCCAUGCUCAUUACCAGGGCAAGAACCAUGCCAAACGUGUACGGCUUGUCGAGGCCCAGCACAACGCCAGCUCCUUGGAUGCAGCAGACCUCACACAGAGGCGUUCCAGGAAAGAAGGGAAUGAGUACAAACUAAAGAACCGCAGGACCCACAUGAACACUGCUAUUCCAGUUUCAGGGCCAUAUUACAACCCACGGCCAAGGCAGAGAAUCCCACGUGACUUGGCCAUGUGUGUGACGCCAAGCGGGCAGUUCUAUUGCUCCAUGUGCGACUCGGGUGCGAGCGACGAGGCUGACUUCCGACUGCACCUGGAGAGCAAACAGCACAAGAGUAAAGUGUCUGAGCAGCGCUACCGCAGCGAAAUGGAGAAUCUAGGCUACACCUAGGAGGCUGUCCAAGAGAGAAAGAAAACCGGAAUCAUCCAUGUAAUUCUCCAAGUGCCCCUAUUGGCUUUGUUACAGAAAAGUUAACCCGAGAACCAGUCUUACAUACUUUGCAUGGAAUGUUUUAAUUCAGUGAUAUUGGAAUGAAAAGAAAACUACCUCUUGCAGAAUUACAAGUCAUUUUUAUGUCAGAUUGUGCAGCUUUGGAUACAUUUAUGGGAGCACCCUGUUUUAUGGUACUUGAGAAACUGGUCCCUGAGAGGAAUGUUUUUUCCUCCCAUGCUGGGAUGAUGGAGAAAGAUGGCAGCUUUGGUAAAGGUCAUCAGGAUCAUAAUGACUUCUAUCAGUAUUACAGUUCUAGUACUGGAUCAGCUUAUGAGGACUUCCAAUCCAAGUGGGUCUCUGCAGGUUCUGGUUGAGUUUCUUUUAUAUUUAUGAUCCAGUCUCUUCUUUCUAAUGUACAUAUUGUUUAUUGUGCAAUGAAUGCCUCAAAAAGGAAAGGGAUCAAUCAGAAAAAGUCAGAGGCAAACCUCAUUGCUACAGACAGCCUUGGGUUCACUGUGUUAUUACAGGAGUACGCCGAGUGUAGAGACCCAGACUGCCAUCAGAAGGUUAGUGUCACAACUGGGUUCAUGUUAGCUUCUUCAGAACCUGUUGAAUGUACUGUCACCGCGAUGACAAUAACUUUCCUUGCCGGAUUUGCACAAGUGUCUCUAGAUUUACUCUAAAAAGUAUUUACAUAUUUAUUUAUGUAUUACAAAUUUUAAGUAUUUAAGUAUUUACAGCCACAAAGAGUGUAUAUUAUUGUGUUUGGUUUAUCUUUUGGCAAAACUAGUGCAAAUAAUGUUUCAGUAUAGCAGCCAUGCACAUCAUGAUCCCCUUAGCUACAACCAAAAAAGUUGGGACACUGUGUAAAAUGUACAUUUUAUAUGUUUUCUGUGUUCUAAUGUGAAUAACAUAUGGGUUUAUGAGACUUGCAAAUAAUUUCAUUCUGUUUUUAUUUAAAUUUUACACCACAUCCCAACUUUUUUGGAAUUGGGGUUGUAUUUCCAUGACAUGUUUUCCCUUCUCAAACUACAGCAAACCCAAAGUGUAGCUAUUUUUAAAAAGGUGCCUUUGGGUCAGUCCCGCUGUGCACCACUACCUCACUCUUCUUAGAGUGGAAAGAUUAGCCACCUGCCAAGGCAUUCAGUGUAAUAUACUGACAAAUCCUAAAAAAAAUAUUUGUAUGUAUUUGUAGACAAGGAAUUUCUGUGGAACGUUAUUACUCAUUUUAAAAUGACAGUGCGUGUACAAGGCAAGUAAAGUGACAAAUGAUCAUAUAUACAGGAAGAAAGUCAAUUAUGGAAAACUUCAAGCGAAAACUCCACCAAGAAACAUGCAUUAAAUAAGUUUAUAUUGAAAUAUUUGUUAUGCGUUUUUUUUUUCAACCUAUUUGUUUAACAGCCAAGUUUAGCUGUUAGCUCCUUAAAACAGAAAAGCAGAUGCUUCUUAUCACAUUCACUAUUUUCCAGGGAUGUUCAGUGUCAUAUUUUGAGAAAUUCAACAUAGAAAUAAUGGAGACAGCAAAUGAAUGCAAUGCAACGGCAGGUGAGACAGCUGGACAGUCUAGAGGAUUAAAGCACUGCUCUUUGAGUGUAGCUGAAAGGAGUGCUAAAGCCCACUUGGCACCACUAUCAGCAGGUAGUUGAACAGCAUUGUGGCUAAUGGAGGAAACUGUUAAUAAAAAUUUAAAAAAGACUAACAUGUUGAUGAAGUCUAAAAAAAAAAAAUUAUUAUUUAGAUGCCAUUUAAGAUAAUGGUAAUGUUAAUUAUAAAGAUGAAUAUGCAGUUGUUCAGGGUGGAUCUUUCCUUUGAAGGCUUGUACUUGAUAUUAAGCACUGUAAUUGAAUUCUGUGAUGAGCUGUGUGCAUAAAUACUUGUUUACAUUUACAGAGAAUUUCAGGCAUUUAAUCAAGGGCAUUGCAAUACUACACACUGUAAGAAUGCCUCUUCUUUAUACCACUCCAGCCAUUCAAUUCCUGUUUUCAUCAUUCCUGAAUUCAGCCAUGUUUAAACCAUUAAUAAUCUGUAUAAUUACUGUAGAAACUCCUCUUUGGUUUUGUUUAGAGGUAAAUAUGGAUAAUAUUUUGAAAUUAUAUAAGCAUGACAAUAUUGUUCCUCAUAUGCACAAAGGUAUUGCUAGCUUGGGCCUCAGGCUUUUUUGGCUUAAAGCCAUGAACUUAUUUCUGCUUGCUGCACUAAUAUCAUUGUACGAGUACAAACGUUUUCAUGUUCAAUGUUGAAAAUGGCUCAGUUGUGAGCCUCUGAGAUGAAGCACAUAUCUGUUGGUGAUGCUGAUGCUCACUGUGCAGAUUUCAUGUGUUUUCACCUCUUUUCACUUAUUUAUACACUCUGGUUGUUGUGUUGUCAACACAGCAAGGUUGAAUGCUCUCCCAGGUAUUAUUGCUCAUGGACUGUUAAGGCUGCACAGUGUUGCUCAUAAAAACCCCAUAAGGGUGACCUGGAGAGGUCAUUAUAUAUUUUUCCAUGACGCCAUGAUAAAGGAACAGUUCACCAUUCUUCACUGACCAACUUCAAUGCACAGCAAUAAUCUCUGGUGUUGACUGAAUGCCUUGAAUGAACAAACAAACCCCAUAGAAGUGAAUUCAACACUGUAGGUGUUCAUUUUGCUCUGUUGGUUUAAAUAUGUAUGCUAAAUGAGGCAGAACAGCUUUCAGGCAUGCAGUGCCUCAGAUCUGAGAGAUUCUAAGCAAGCACUAUGUUGUUUGCUAGAGUUGCUGGACAGGCCAGGCGUUUCCUGUGUGGAGCAGGAAAACAGGAAGCAGUGACCCCCACAUAUAAACCGGCUUUCCCCAAGGACACUGUCCUCACACCGACUCAUCUCACUUCUCCCAGCCAAAACCAACACUAACUUCCAGAAUGGCCUUGCUAGUCAUUUUUAUCUGAAACUCUGUGACUGAAGGCUUUCCCUCUUUAUUUUGUGGAGAUGCUGAUGAAUCAAAAUAAGAUAGUGCCUUCUGAAACAACACUUUCAUUUCUUGAAUUCCUGUGGGACUUUUCCAGAAAGAUGUUUUGGGUCCUGUCCAUUCAUGGUGCAAUAUGUGGCAAUAUUUGAUUUUUUUUUUUUCCUUUAUGAAAUUAUAAUAAUAUAAAACAUACUCCAGGAUCACAAAUGUACUGUGUGUUUGGAGAAGAAAAAAGGAAUAUAACCUUACUGAAGAGACUGCUGGGACAGUUAUUUUCACUGCAUUGAAAUGCAUAUGUAUAAACAAAAUGUUUCAGUAAAUAAGAAUUACUUUAGCAAUUUUGCACUCAUUUUUACAAGUGUGAAUAUAAAAUAAGUCAUAAUGCUAAUCCACUUGUCCAAGCAUUAAAAAGACAUUCCCGGAGUUUAACCUGUGUCCCAGUGUAAUAAUGUCAUUACGAUCUUGCCUUGAGAUUCCACGCAGGCCAUAUUCAAUAGUCAGCACUGUACAAGAGGAAGUCAGCUGAAUGACAUGUGUGACUGUCGGUUUAUCAAUGUUUGAACUGAGUGAAUCCUGCAUGCUACAGCAGAGGAAGUAAUCAUGCUAAUGUGCCAAUCUAAUAUCUAAUCUGAACUUCUCACAGAGCACAUUGUUCAGAUUCUGUAUUGCUCUAUGUUUUACUUCUUCAGAUUUUAUCUUAUUGGCUUCCUCUAGCAAAUUAUUUUUUUAUUUUUUUAAACUGAAGUUUACAUUUAACAGACAUACUUUUAUAUGGCAAAAACUUAGCUCCUUAUCUCAAGUUGUCUUUCUACAAAGUUAGCCACCACGAAAGUUAAAACAUUUCCACAUAGUUUUGGGUAACUGUGUUAUAGGCAGAAAAAUACAAAGCAUAAAAUGCUGCCACACACAUGCAUACAGCUGGGGUCAUCUGCAGCCCAAAAUGUUGCACAAGCAUUGUGUUUGAGGCAUUGUGUCAACUGCUUUCAAGUAUAUACAAUGAAAUUAAGUUUAUUCCUGUUCCUAAAAACAAGCUAUUUUUUUAUCAAUAUCAAUGGAAAGGUAAAUUUGAAUGAUUUGAAAACACUAGCACUCCACCCACCCCCCGGGGGGCUACUUCCAAUUUUACUAACAGCUCACCUAGGGUUAUUUUUUGGAAACUAACAAAAAUAUGGUCCCCAUUGUUCUUAUUUACAUGUGUUUUUCUCAUUCCAUAUGCUGUUCUCAACCUCAGCCUUUUUCAGUAGUGAAAUUUCACUCCAACCCUCACACAAAUCAUACAUUCCAACAAGUUAUAUGUCCUCCAGAGUGGAGUAUAGAACAGGCUGACCAAUGUUUCUAGCUUUAGUAUUCAGUUGUUAGUUGGAAUGAGCAAAAUUAAUGACCUUAAUGACUUUAAACAUGGCAUAACAGUUGGCCAGGUGUGCCAAUAUUAGUAUCUCCCAAAUGACACUCAUCCAGGUCUUUCAUGCUCUAAUAACUAUUUCAAGCAAAUUACGAUUAGUGAUCUCCAAUCCUGUACACAAAAACAGCUGUGUGGAUCAGAUAUGUCACAAGAAAACGGAAAGAAUUGGGCAAGCAAACAGACGAAGUAUUGCCUUCCGCAAAGUAACCAGCAUUGCGGUUGACCCCAUGUACUUCUCACACAAACUCUUCACCCUCCUGCUGUUUGUCAAAAGGUACCAAUACAUUCGGGCCCUCAAGGCCAGACUGUGUAACAGUUUCUUCCCCCAAGCCAUCAGACUCCUCAAUACCCAGAGACUGGACUGACAUCAAUCAAGACACACACACACACACACACACACACAGACACGCAACUGAACACCAUUCCACUACCUCUGCAAUUUUUGCACAUUUCUUUCUUAAAUUGCUGAUAAAACACCGUAACCAAAAUACUGUAUUGAUCACCUGCAUAUUUGCUGCUAAUUAGUAUGUUAUGUUUACAUUUACAACAUUUAUUAUUGUAUUGUAAUAUCUCUUUGCACCUUAUUCCAUUCAAGAACUGUGUAUUGGUCAGUGCUGCACUGUCCUUUACUGUGCAUGUUGUCCUAUUUCGUAAUUGUUGUACUGUCUUGCACUGUUGCACACAUUUGCACAUGUGCACUUUAUGUAGUCCUGUGUAUGUCUUUGUAGUCUUAUUUGGUUCUGUGUAGUCACAUGUAGCUCUGUGUUGUUUUAUGUAGCACCAUAGUCCUGGAGGAAUGUUGUUUCAUUUCACUCUGUACUGUACCAGCUGUAUAUGGUUAAAUGACAAUAAAGACACUUGAUCUUGAACUUUAACGAGUCACAAGCAGGCAAUUCAAAUCCGUAGGUCAUGUUGAGUGCCAGUGCUAUCAGUGCAGAACAACAAAAACUGUCUCCAAUUUGGCACAGAACCAUAGAAGAGU